CGGUGACCGAUCCCGGAGGGUUUUGCUAUAAAUUUCCCAAAAGACGCACAAAAGUUUUCGUGUUCUAGUUCGAUUUUCGAAUCAAAAUCUUAUCGAUUCUGUACAGGAAGUUAGUGUUAUUAAUUUGGAAAUUCUAGGGUUUCGUCCCCAAAGCUAUUCAAUAAACUAAAGAAGAAUGGGCCGUUCACGGGCAGUCAAUCACUCUGCCGAGGAGGAUCCAAGUCAAAGCCGAUCAAAGAGAAAGCGAACUGCCUCAAAUUUGGAGAAUCUGGAGGCUGCAACUUCAGGCCAAGGGAUGAGUGAAGGCAAAAAAGCGUUGUACCAUUGUAACUACUGCAACAAGGACAUUUCGGGAAAGAUACGCAUCAAGUGUGCUUGCUGUUCUGACUUCGACCUUUGUGUAGAGUGUUUCUCUGUUGGAGCUGAGGUUUACCCUCAUAAAAGCAAUCAUUCAUACAGGGUUAUGGACAAUUUAUCAUUUCCGCUCUUCUGUUCCGACUGGAAUGCAGACGAGGAGAUAUUGCUACUUGAGGGGAUAGAAAUGUAUGGGCUGGCUAACUGGAACGAGGUUGCCGAACAUGUUGGAACCAAAAGCAAAUCACGUUGUAUUGAGCAUUAUAAUACCAUAUACAUGAAUUCACCAUGCUUUCCGCUCCCGGACAUGUCUCAUGUUAUGGGAAAGAAUAGAGAAGAACUUCUUGCAAUGGCCAGAGGGCAUGGGGAAGCCACAAAAGGGCUCCCAACUGGAGGGGAACUUUCUGUGAAAGAGGAGUCUCCCUUCUCUGCAAGAAUCAAGGUUGAAGAUUUAAGAAAAGAAGGUUCCGCAGGUCGGUCCUCAUCUGCCUUAGCUUCUGAUGUAGGUUCCGUUGGAGGUUCUGGCACUGUUAAUGCAUCAGCAGGGGCAGGAAAGAGAACAUCAAGCAUUGUUCAAAGUGACAAAGGUGGCGAUGGGAUUAAGAUAGAAGAUUCUCAUGCAGACAGAAGCUUUGGAGAGAAAAAGCUGAGGACAUCAGCUGAAGAGGGACCUUCUAUAACGGAAUUGAGUGGCUAUAAUUUCAAGAGGCAAGAAUUUGAAAUUGAAUAUGAUAAUGACGCUGAACAAUUACUGGCAGACAUGGAAUUCAAGGAUGCUGACACUGAUCCUGAACGUGAACUUAAACUACGUGUCUUGCGUAUAUACUCAAAAAGGCUAGACGAGAGGAAACGCAGGAAAGACUUCAUCCUGGAAAGAAAUUUACUUUAUACUGAUCCUUUUGAGCAGGGCCUCUCCCCAGAAGAGAAAGAAAUAUGUCGUCGCUACAGGGUUUUCAUGCGUUUCCAUACAAAAGAGGAGCAUGAGGAAUUGCUCAAGACUGUCAUUGAAGAACACAGGAUUCGAAGACGGAUAGAGGAUCUGCAGGAAGCUCGAGCUGCUGGUUGCCGCACAUCUGCAGAUGCCGAAAGAUACAUUGAACAGAAGAGAAAGAGAGAAGCCGAAGAAAAUGCACGCAGGGUGAAGGAUAAUGUACAGCCUGGUCCUAGCGGCAAAUUUUUACAAAGAGCAAAUCACCUAAAAGGGGAUCCUGAUGUUGGUGGUGCCACCGGCAAAGACUCUUCUUCCACAUGUGGAGGGUUAGGUAUCGGCAACGUGGAUGAUUGGGAUGUCACCGGACAUUUUGGUGCAGAUUUACUCUCUGAUGCUGAGAAACGACUAUGCACCGAGAUCAGGGUUCUUCCUGUACAUUAUCUUAGCAUGUUAGAGAAACUGUCCGUAGAGGUUUUGAAUGGUCACAUUGCUCAGAAGUCGGAUGCACAUCGCCUGUUUAAUGUUGAACCGAGCAAAGUGGAUAGAGUUUAUGACAUGCUUUUAAAGAAGGGAAUCGGUCAACCAUGAACCAAAAGACCAUCCGGGAUUAACCCAGCGGCUACCGUUUCUGGGUAUGGUUAACUAGACCUAUUGUGCAAUGUACUACUAGUACAGAAACCUUCUCAAACCCUAGUUAUUAGAUAAUUACAAGUAUGUUGUGAUUUGUGAGCCUAAUAAAAUUGCAGUGAUGGUUUUAAAAUGUGUAGCUUAUGCUACAUUUGGCUCAAGUACUGUUCAUUUACCUGGUCAGAGAUAGUUGGUUUUCUAUCAAGUCUUUUAUGGAUAAAAUUAUCCGUAUUGAUUAAUUUGUAUGUAAAGAUUGAGAAGAUUUUUGUUUAGAAGGGUUUUUUA